GUGUGUAUAUGUGUGUGUGUGUGUAAAGCUGCCUCCUCUCGUGUUGAUGACGCCUGACGGUCUGACGGUGAACAAACGGGGGAUCGCUGGUGAAGAAAGAUAAACGGAACACGGUGUUGUAUGUAUGUGUGUGUGUGUGUGUGUGUGUAAAUAAAGAAGAGGAAGGAGAGCAGUGACCGGUUCUCCUCCUCCUCCUCCUCCUCCUCUUCCUCCUCCUCCUCCCCCGUCCGAGCUCUUCCACCGGGUCGGUCCGAGAACGAUGAGCCAGCCUCGGCCGGACGAGUUCAAGCCUCCUCCGGAGUGCCCGGUCUUCGAGCCCAGCUGGGAAGAAUUCAGAGAUCCGUAUGCGUUCAUCAACAAGAUCCGUCCCAUCGCGGAGAAGACGGGCAUCUGCAAAGUGCGGCCGCCGCCGGGUUGGCAGCCGCCGUUUGCUUGUGAUGUUGACAAACUCCACUUUGUUCCUCGGAUCCAGAGGCUCAACGAGCUGGAGGCGCAGACCAGAGUCAAGCUCAACUUCUUGGACCAGAUCGCCAAAUUUUGGGAUUUGCAGGGAUGUGCCCUGAAGAUUCCCCAUGUGGAGCGGAAGAUUUUGGAUUUAUACAAACUCAAUAAGCUGGUAGCAGAUGAGGGUGGAUUUGACAUCGUCUGUCGGGACCGGCGGUGGACCAAGAUUGCACUACAAAUGGGCUUCGCCCCGGGCAAAGCUGUCGGCUCACACCUGCGAGGACAUUAUGAGAAAAUACUUUAUCCCUACAAUCUGUUUCAGAGUGGAGCAAACCUGCUGGCACCAGAGGCAGCUUCCAAACUGAUGCGUUUGGAGGCUGAUCCUGAACUUGAAAAGUGCGUUCAGAAGCCAGUCCAACCAUUGGAGCUUCCAGGAAGCGUUGAGAGCCAUGACACCAAGGAGCACAAGCUGCAGGAACAGGCUCAGAAGCAGCCGGCCCAGACGCCGGACAUGUGCCCGACUGCUCGCAGGGCCAAGCGGAUGAAGUGUGAGGCCUUCUGUGUGAAGACUGAACCAGGUGAACCCGGCGAGAGCAAGCCAAACCUGAGGCGGAGGAUGGGUUCUUUUGUCGCCAAGCAAGAACCAGAAAAAGAGAUUCCCAUUCCAGUGAAACAGGAACCAGUUGAAAGUAAGGAGCCGAUAAUUGAAGCUGACAAAUCCAAGUCACGGUACAAGAAAUUCAUCCCUCCCGUUCCUCCGAGUCCAGUGGAUCUGGUUGUGUGUCUGGUGUGUGGCAGUGGGGGAGAAGAGGACCGUCUGUUGCUGUGUGACGGCUGCGACGACAGCUACCACACCUUCUGCCUGAUCCCUCCUCUGCACGAUGUCCCCAAAGGAGACUGGAGGUGCCCCAAGUGUCUGGCUCAGGAAUGCAACAAACCUCACGAGGCAUUCGGCUUUGAACAAGCGUACAGAGACUAUUCCCUGCGUGCAUUUGGGCAAAUGGCUGAUGCGUUUAAAUCUGAUUACUUCAACAUGCCAGUUCACAUGGUACCCACAGAGCUGGUGGAGAAAGAGUUCUGGCGUUUGGUGGGAGCCAUCGAGGAGGACGUCACCGUAGAAUAUGGAGCAGAUAUUGCCUCAAAGGAGUUUGGGAGCGGAUUCCCUAUUCCGAAUGGGAAAUUUAAGGUUUCCCCAGCCGAUGAGAAAUACCUCAAGUGUGGCUGGAACCUGAACAACCUGGCGAUGAUGAACCCGUCUGUACUGACUCAUGUGACAGCUGACAUCUGUGGGAUGACGCUGCCGUGGCUUUAUGUUGGCAUGUGCUUCUCCUCCUUCUGCUGGCACAUUGAGGAUCAUUGGAGCUACUCCAUCAACUACCUGCACUGGGGGGAACCCAAAACCUGGUACGGAGCUCCUGGAUUUGCUGCAGAACAGCUGGAGGAGGUGAUGAGGAAACUGGCUCCGGAGCUGUUUGAGUCUCAGCCUGACUUGCUGCACCAGCUGGUCACCAUCAUGAACCCCAACACCCUGAUGGCCCACGGAGUCCCAAUUUACAGGACAAACCAGUGCGCUGGCGAGUUUGUCAUCACGUUUCCCAGAGCCUACCACAGCGGCUUCAAUCAGGGCUUCAACUUCGCUGAGGCGGUCAACUUCUGCACUGUGGACUGGAUGCCUCUCGGCAGGCAGUGCAUUGACCACUAUCGUAUGCUGCACCGGUAUAAUGUGUUCUCCCACGAUGAGAUGGUGUGCAACAUGGCCUCGAAAGCAGACACACUCGAUGUGGUCCUGGCAUCAGCUGUCCACAAGGACAUGGUCACCAUGAUUCGAGAAGAGCAGAAACUGAGAGAUAAAGUGAAGAAAAUGGGGGUGUUUCUUUGCAAGGAGGCAAAAUAUGAUCACCUCCAGGAUGACGAGCGACAGUGUGCCAAGUGCAGGACCACCUGCUACCUGUCUGCUGUCACCUGUUCCUGUAACUCAGGAGUCCUGGUCUGUCUGUACCACAUCAACGACCUCUGCUCCUGCUCCGUCACCAACUACACACUGAAUUACAGAUACACACUGGACGACCUCUACCCCAUGAUGAGUGCUGUAAAGCAGCGAGCUGAACUGUAUGAUGACUGGGCCUCCCUCGUGACUGAGACUCUGGAGGCUAAACUGGAAAAGAAGAAAGGUCUCCCGGUGUUUCGCUCUCUUCUUGCUGAAUCUGAGUCUAGGCGGUUUCCUGACAAUGACCUGCUGCGUCGGCUACGUCUGGUCACACAAGAUGCGGAGAAGUGCGCCUCGGUGGCACAGCAGCUAUUAAAUGGCAAAAGGCAAACCAGGUAUCGGUGUGGUAAUGGGAAAUCAUGCAGCCAGCUGACUGUGGAGGAGCUGAGUUCAUUUGUGAGGCAGCUUUAUAACCUCUCCUGCAGUCUCCCUCAGGCUCCCAUGUUGAAGGAGCUCUUGAAUCGCAUCGAAGACUUCCAGCAGCACAGCGAGAAGGUCCUGGCAGAUGAAGUUCCCAGCGUUGCCGAGAUCCAGAGCCUGUUAGACGUCAGCUUUGACUUUGACGUGGAGCUGCCUGAGCUGCCCCGCCUGAGAGUGAGGCUGGAACAGGCACGCUGGCUGGAGGGGGUGCAGCAGGCCAGCUCUCAGCCCGCCUCCCUCACUCUGGAGACCAUGAGGAGGCUCAUCGACCAGGGAGUCGGCCUGGCACCUCAUCCGUCCGUGGAGAAAGCCAUGGCACGCCUGCAGGAGCUGCUCACUGUGUCCGAGCACUGGGAGGACAAAGCGAGCAGUCUCCUUAAAGCCAGACCCCCACACUCCAUAGAGACUCUUAGUGCUGCUGCUGAGAAGGCAUCUGGCAUCCCUGCUUAUCUCCCAAGCUGUCUCCUCCUGAAGGACACCAUUAGAAGAGCUUGUGAGUGGCUUCAAGAAGCAGAGGAGCUUCAGGCCGGUGGCGGCGAACCAAUGAUGGACAGUCUCUCGGACAUGGUGCUGCGAGGACAAGCCAUCCAAGUCCACCUGGAGCCUUUGGACAGGCUGGAGUCUUUAAUGGUAGAAGUGCAAGAAUGGAAAGAAUCUGCAGCUACAACUUUCCUUCAGAAAGACUCAACUCUCACUUUACUGGAGGUCCUGUGUCCAAGAUGUGAAGUUGGAAAUGUAGGUUCUCCGAAGAGGAAGCCCAAGAAAGGGAAAGAAUCCCCUAAAAAUAACAAAAAGAAAACACCAAGGCUCAACACUCUCAGUGAUGUGGAAAAAGCUCUUUCAGAGACCAAGGACUCUACCUCUGCAAUGGCAACUCUGGAGGAGCUUCGGGUGAGGGAGAUGGAGGCUUUCUCUAAUCUCAGGGCAGCAAACGAGUCAAAGCUCCUUCCCACAGCAGACUGCAUGGACCUGAGGGUGUGUGUCUGUCAGAAGGCGCCGAUGGGUGCGAUGCUACAGUGUGAACUCUGCAGGGAUGCCUUCCACAGUGUGUGUGUCAGAGACCCGUCAGACUCCUGCGAAACACAGCUGUGGCUCUGCCCGCAGUGCCAGCGUUCAGAAAAGCCCCCCUUGAACAAAGUCCUGUCUCUGCUAGCAUCUCUGCGGCACAUAGGGGUGCGCCUGCCGGAGGGCGAUGCGCUGCGCUGUUUGGUUGAGAGGACAGUUAACUGGCAGCACCGAGCGCAGCAGAUUUCACAGUCUUGUAACCUACCAGAACUGGAAGAGAGACCAGGGACUCCUCCCACCUUAACGAGCUGGGUAACAGGCAGCCACGACGCUCACAACAACACUCAGGCUCCUUGUUUGACUCCAGAGUGGAAUAGGACAAGCCAUGCUCAGACUGUCUUCUACACCGAGCAGAGAUGCAUCCCACUGCAGGGCUUGAGUCGGGAUCUAGAGGAGCUGAUGGUGGAGGGGCUCCUGCUGCAGGUGUCUCUGCCAGAGGUCCAGAGCCUCUACCACAUUUUAUUGGACAGAGCCAGCAGCCAGCACACAAACAGGUGCAUGUCGCCAACGCAGGACGAGUCCACAGACUGUGACCAACACAUGCAGUUUAACUCUCAGGGAAACAAUCUGCCUCUGAAUCAGGAUGGCGCCAACGGUGUGAGGGAAACGAUGGCCGGCUCAGAAAAGAAAUCAAAGCGGCAUCUGGAGAGGGAAGGCUCAGACGCAGAGCGCAGGGUGAAGGACAAAAAGCACUCUCACAAAAGACAGAAGAUGAAUAAGAAGAACCUGCAGCGCCGGCCGACCUCAACAUCGACCUCGUCCUCGCCGCGCUCUGAUUUCUCUCAGUCCGAUGACUCUGAUGAGGAAAUGGCUGUGUGUCCGGCAGAGAGGUGUCAGCUGCCAGAAGGAGAUGAG